ACAACGUUUCGUGUCUCUGACGAAAGUGCUUCGUCAAGUGUCAAGUCAGCUUUGAUUUUUGAAUAUUGAAUGGGCUCGCGUCCCACGGGUUGUUUUAAUUCUAGUUACUGGGAUAGUAAAUAUCGUUCGUUCGUUCGUUCGUAUCGAGUGUGCCUUGAAACUGUCUCUGGUCCAAGGAAAUUGUGUUACGAAUUUAUUAUGUCGUAGCCACAGAAUAAUUGUUGGGUAGUCUGUGUCGUAGCGCUGCUUUUCUCGGUGCAAAAGACGCUGAUCGAGCGAUUUUCCCUCGGAUUUUCCCAUUUGAUUUCGUUAUGUGCGCUUCUUAGUGCGUUUAGUUUUUUGUCCGUGAUGUCCUUUUUCAAUUUUGGUGGGGAUUUUUCUGGUGCUCCGAAGAGGCCUUUGAAUGCCAAGAGCCCCACGAUACCUUUUUGUACGAGCCCCAGUCAAUUGGAGGAAGUUACACUCGAUCAAGAUGUCACAUUCUCAAAUACGAUGGGUCUCAGGUCACCCGGAGGACCCAUGCGGGGCAGAUCCGUCAGAGAGAUCGAGGACCAACUCAGCAAUCUCAAAAAGGAGAAUUUCAAUCUAAAGCUUAGGAUAUAUUUUUUGGAAGAGAAAAUGGGAGCUCAUUUUACAUUGGACAAGGACAACAUUGUCAAAAAAUACAUUGAACUUCAGGUUGAAUUCGGGAAUUUACAAAAAGAGUUGGAUGAGAAGCACGAUCUUUUAUGUCAAGCAGUCAAAGCCAUGGAAUUAGAAGAGGAAGAACAUAAAAAGUAUGUGUCUAGCAAAGAUGAUCAGCUAAGUAUGUGCCAGCAAGAGUUGGAAGAUCUAAGAAUGCAAUUACAGGAUACAAAGUUUGACUCUGAUGGAAUAUCUUUGAAAUCAGACACGACUGGAUUUUACAGUAAUAAAGCAUUGAAUAGUGGAGGUUUAUUGACCGAACUGCAAGAAAAAGUGAAAAUAUUGGAAGCCGAGCUCCAUCUCGAGAAAGAAAACAACGCCUCAUUACAAUUCAUCAUAGGCCAUGCAGAAACAUUGAAAAUUCGAUACGAAAACACGCAAAAAGAGUGCCAAGCCAAAGACGCGACAAUCAGCAACCUGCACGAAGAAAUCGAAGCUUCCAACUCAAAAAUAAUGGACUAUUCGGCACGGCUCACGGAAAUGCAAGAAAAACUCGAAAAAGCCUAUAAAGAGAACGACAGCUUCUCCAAGAGAAUCCGAAGCGACAGCAGAAGACUCGAGGAAGCCGCCAAUCAAAUCGUCGACCUCAAAAAAAAAUACUCCACCUUGAAAACAGACUACGAACGUGAGCACAAAAAAGCGGAAAAACAGAAAAGUAUGAGCGACUCGCGCAUCGCCGAGCUUGAGGGCGACAACGACAAGCACAAGGCCAAAGUGCGAGACCUACAAGCCCGCUUGGAGGCAGCCACUGCCGACGUCAGGAAGAACCAGAACCUAGCGGUUGCCACCCUGUACACAUCCACCCCGCCGCCUGACUCUCAUCUCCAUUCUCUUUCAGUUCAGGACCCAACAGCACCUGCAGGAGCUCAGGAAACGCACCCACUUGAUGUACAGAUAACCGCCCCGGAAGCGCCCCGCCCAGACUCGCGCAGCUCGGGCGAUUUCUCGCACGUCCCUGAGGCGGUUCGCGGGGAGUUUGUGCGGCUGCGCGAGGAGAGCGACGCGCUCAGGGCGAAGCUGCUCAAGCUGAAGAAGGAGCAGUUCAAGGCCUGCGAGAUCAUAAAGACCAUGAUGACGUCACGGAAUAAGGCGAACGAGGAGAUUUCUUGUUUGAGGGGGCAGGUGAAGGAGUUGGAGAGGGAGUUGGAGUCGGUGGUGUCGAAGCCGGCCAGCGACGGGGACGAUGGGGGGGCCAAGGGGGGUGAGGUGGAGCAGCGAGAGAAACCGACCACCAAAUCAGACGCCGAAGAAAUGGAGAUUGCCGAGCUGUACAAAGCUCUGACCGUCGAAUUAGAAGCCAAAGUCGAGGUAUUGGUGGCAACUUUGAAUGAGAAAGACAACCAAAUGCAAAAUAUCCGGAAGCAAUAUGAUGAAAUUAUGAUGUGCCUGGAAGAAAAAGAAACCAAAUUGGCAGAUAUGGAGUUCGAAUUGCUAUGUUCAGAGAAUGCUGAGUCGUCGGUUUCCGGAAAAUAUGAAAUUUACCAGAAGGAAAUGGAGGAAAAGGACAAGAAAAUCGAGAAAUUGACAGAGGAAUUGAAGAAGUGUACUUGCUAUCUUCAAGAAAUCGUCAAUAAAGAGCUGUGGGACAAAAACAAGGAAAUCGAGAAGCUCCACAAUAAACAUAGCAGUUCACCCGACACCUGCAAAUUACAGAAAGAGCUGUUGAAAAGAGAAGAACAAAUAGAGAAACUCGGCUCUAAAAUCUCCAAUCUUCAAAUCGAGAAUGAAAGAUCUGAAAAGCUAAGAGCGGAAUCCAACGAGGUCUGUCUGUUACUCAAUUCACGUCUAGAAGAACUGGCAUUGUUCCUAGAUUCCCUACUCAGGCACAAAUCAGUUCUAGGCUUCCUAGGAUUGCACAAGGAGAAAAGGUUGCGCAGCCUAGUGAACAACAGCCUAGACAUAUCCAAAUCUUUCGCGACCAGCAUGAUGGUCUCGGGAGACCAAACCCUGGCACAACUGUCUAACAUAACCGCACUACUAGAUGGUUCAGAACUUGGAGAUCUCUCCUUGAAUCAACAUGCGGAAGACGACAGUUCAACAACCUUAUCCAUAGUCCCAAACGACGUCACCUUAACCUACCAAAGCCAUCUGCACAAAUCCACCAAGAAAGAUAACCUCGACAACGAAUCUGUGAUACUAGCGCUCAGAGAGCAAAUCCUCAACCUCAAAUCCGAGCUGCAACUCAGAGACAACGAGCUCAACAAACUGAAUGUGAUAACCAACAAAACCUCUGAAAGCGAAACCGGACCAAAAGACGUCUCCAAACUGUUCACCACCCCUGUCAAGUGUAACACCACCUCCACAACUCUAAAGUAUCAGUCCGAGUGCCAUUCGGAGUCCGAGGGAUGGUCUGAGCCCGACAGGGUGGUAUCCAGGGCGAGGAUAGGCUUGAGCCAGACCGCGCCAGAAUUUCUGAGCAUCGCCAAAGAUCUCAGCGAGUCCACGGGAGAAGAAUCAGCUCUCAGCCUCACACCUACCAAGAGGUCUUUUGAGAAACGUUCUAGCUCAGACUUCUUCGAGCUGCAAGAGGAAAUCAAAAGGAAAACUGAGGAGCUGGCCUUAGCAGAGGCUAAGCUGGCUCAGAGCGUCGAUAAAAGUGCCUUCGAGGAGUUGAAAGUUAGGUUGAGUGAAGCUGAGGCGAGCCUGACGGAAGCUAGAAAUCGAAAGGAAGAAGCCGAAAUCAAGAUGGCUGAAUUACAUAAGACUGUGGAGGAACUGAGUCGAGACAAGGAGGUCUUGAAGGAGUCGAUUAUUGGAAAAGACAAGGAGAAAAAUGAUUUGAUUAAUGCCUUGGAGGUUGAGAAGGGUGAAGCCAGAAGACUGGCGGAAGAAUAUGAGAGGGAGGCUAUCAGAGCGAAGCGAGACAUUGAGGAGCAGGGCAUGAAGCUCAAAGAGGCCCACAAGGAGAUGGAAAGUCUCGAAGCUAGUUUGAGAAGCGAAUAUGAGCAAUUCGCUAUUGCCAAGCUUCGUAGCGCCGAAGAAGAUUUUCUCAAGCAGCUGAACCUCCGAGAAAAAAAGGCACAGGAUAACUUGAAGUUGCUGGAAGAUCGUUACGCUAAGGAUUAUGUGAAAAGAAGCGAUGUGGAAGAGAAACUUUUGCAAGUGGAUAAACUUUUGGCCGCACUGAACGAGUUGAAGGAUGAGGUGUCUACUUAUGAACGCACGAUGCUAGAGUAUAAGGAAAGGAACAAUGAACUGAACUCUAAACUCAGCGAGCUGCAGAGGCAAAAAUCGCAGCUGGAAGUUCGAUUGAGUGAACUAGAGUCGAACAAUGCCGAGUUGCACAACCGGUUGGUGAGGUUGCAGGCCAGCAGAAAUGAGUUCAACUAUGCGAGUCGUGGGACGUAUACUAGGCACGACCCUGUCGCCCCGCCCACCCUGGCAAGGCCACACCCACCGGCCGCCCUGGAGGCGGAGCGUCGGGAAUCCAACGCCUCCCCAGACUUGGGCAUCGAGAGCGACCACGGGCGGUUCUCCAGCCUAGAAGCGCCGGUGCAGCAGAGGCCCUUGCUGCCCACCAUCGAGCUGACGGAGGCUAUGAGCGACUUACUAGAUGCGGAGGAGGGCAGCUAUUGCGGAAGCGACCAUUGUUGUCGCAGGACCACCGCCUUCGCCCAAGAGAACGGUGAGCUGAAACGCAAGCUGCUGCGCAUGCGUCGAGCCCUAGAAGAGACGGCCGCCCAACUCAACUUGGCCAAUCAGCGCAAGAAGCAGGUGGAGAAGGUGAUCUGCAAGCAGAUCCACAAGACUAGUCAGGUGCUGAGGAAGGCAAAGGCGAACCUGGAUUCGGGCUCGGAACCCGAUCUGUUGGACAGGGAAUGAUAGCAUAGGAUGCGAGAAUCCAAAGAACCAUGACUUAAGGUAUGAACGCUUUUUUUUACCGAUCAUAAGGAUUCUAGCUAUGGCGGUCUAUUCGAGUCUCUGUAUCCUUUUUUAAUAACCCAACAUAUCAAUUUCUGUGAUGUAUCACAAAUUUCAACCAUGUACAUUGUAAAGGGUGACUGGUACUAGAGACUCAUCAUUGGGAUCUCGUAAAUUCUAUAAGAGAUACAGGGUCGGUUGGUUAAAUUAUGUAAAACUUGCGAAAUUUUCUGAAUCCUCUUUUUUUUUUUUUUCAAGUUAUUUGAAUACAUUCAUCAGGACCAUUUUUUCUGCUCUACAAGUUGGCGUUUUCAAAUUUCAAAUCGGACGUUUUGUCUUCCAGAAACAAUCAUCAACUAUUGAAUACGGACCUGGAUUUUUUAUUUCAUUUUCUCUCACCUUUGGAUUGCCCAGAAGCUAUGAGCAAUCACAAAUUCAAAACGAAACUGUCAAUUCAUGUAAACAAACCUUCGAAAAGAAAGAUCAAUGAUAGAUUAAUAGCUUUUGGUCUCUCUGAAAGUGAGAAAAAAUUAAAUGAAAAAUCCAGGUCCGUAUUUGAAAAAUAAGUUGAUGAUGGUUUAUGGAAGACGAAAAGUCAGAUUGCAAAUUUUGAAAACGCCAACUGUACAGAAGAAGAAGUGGCCAUAAUGAAGUGUCAUUCAUUUUGAUUAAUAUCUUCAAAUAACUUUGAUUGAUUGAUGAAAAUUUAGUUUUUUUCGAAUAUCCGAAAGUAUUCGGGAUUUUCCUAGUUUCAAAACGACAUUUUGUUAGGGAUGAAAGUGCGCAACAUUCAGUAUCUCUUACUGUUCACACCACGAAAUCCCGAUGUAUUUUUUGAAAAAAAAAAAAACUGUGCAGGCCGAUAUUGAUUCGCUAUGGUGUUAGGUCAAUAUUUCUAAAUAUAUUUUAUUUACAUAAACCACAGGCAUUGUUAAAUCAUACUAUUCUUAAGGAAAGAUGCAAAUUCGAAUUGAUCGCCAUAGUUAGAAUCGUUCUGAUUAGACCGAAAAUGUAUGGAUACCGAAAGUCAUGGAUAUUUGAAUUCUUGUGCAUAGGCUUCCUUCAUACGAUACAGGGUGAGUCGGUGUUUGCGGUCAAACUGAACUUCGUGCGACAAGUCAAGGUGGACAUUUUACUGUGUUUGUCGAGGUCAGGGGGUGGACAUUUCUCGAAAUUAUGUUUGGUGAAACUGUGUAGUUGAUUUUUGCUCAAAUGUUGAUGAUUGAUAUUCCAAAUCUUCUCUUUAAAUUGAAACCGACUUUCGGAAAACCGGGUAUUUCCAGGGAAUUUUAAAAUUUUAAAUAAUGUUCACGAGUUUAUUACUAUUAUUGAAAAUUUUCUGAAGUUUUACAUUUUAUUAUUAUGACACACACUUGAUUUGGGAAAUGAAGAAUGUUACUACUGUUGAUAUUUUAAUCAGAAAACUAGGAUUAUCAUGUUUGAGCUGUAAAAAUGUAGUUUUUUUUUACUUUACCAAGUUUUACUGGGGUUUUAAAAAUGAAUUUUUAGUGCUAUAUUUCGUUAUAUGUAUGUCGCCCUGUAUUUUUAUGUUCUGUAUAUUAUUUCCACACGAAAAUCUUAAGUAUUAAAUUAGGAAUAAGUACUUUUUUACUGUAUAUAUUAUAUAUGGGAUGUGAUAGUUCCCGUUUUCUAUAAUGUGCCAAUUUUUAUCUUCUCGUUUUUAUCUUGAAAUUAUUGGAUAUGUUGUAAAUUCUAGUUAGGCAUUGGAAGUUGAAGUUAAACUCGAUUUAUGAGCAGUAUUUUGUGAUAAAAGUGUAUGUAUAUAUGCGGAAUUGUAUAUUAUAUGUGAAAAUCACGAAUUAUAUCACUUUUUGAUUUUUAU